AUGGCUUCUCCGUCUUCUAGCGUUCGACACCGGGGCAGCAAGAAGAAUGCUGAUAGAUCUCCGUCCCCUGCAGCCGUGCCAGCCUUGAAGAGCGCAGAGAAGCAGCCGGCCGUGGCGAAGGGAGACGAUGAGUCGUGGGAAUGGGAUUACAGAAUUGCCUUGGUGAUCGUUACCAUCGGGGCGUUCGUUUCGAGGUUUUGGAAGAUAAGCCAUCCUGACCAGGUGGUCUUUGAUGAAGUGCAUUUCGGAAAGUUCGCUUCACUGUAUAUCCAGGGAACGUACUUCUUCGACGUCCACCCGCCCUUUGCCAAACUCCUCUUCGCGCUGGUGGGCUGGCUCGUCGGGUUCGAUGGAAAAUUCCUCUUUGAAAACAUUGGAGACUCGUAUAUCGACAACAAGGUGCCAUAUGUUGCCCUCCGCGCUCUACCAGCCACGCUUGGCUCCCUGACUGUUCCUGUUGUCUUCCUAAUUAUGUGGGAAUCCGGCUACUCGCUCCCAGCAUGUAUCCUCUCGGCCAGUCUCCUCCUGUUCGAUAACGCCCAUAUUGGCGAGGACAGACUGAUCCUACUUGAUGCUACGCUAGUCAUCUCAAUGGCAUUGAGCGUGCUGUGCUAUAUCAAAUUCCACAAGAACAGACAUGAACCGUUCGGUCGAAAGUGGUGGAAGUGGUUGAUUCUGACCGGCAUUGCCCUCAGCUGCGUCAUCUCCACGAAAUACGUUGGUGUCUUCACCUUCGUGACUAUCGGAUCUGCCGUCUUGAUUGAUCUAUGGAACCUACUCGACGUCAAUCGCCGCCAGGGCAAGCUCACACUCUUUGAGUUUGGCACCCACUUUGCUGCCCGAGCAUUCGGUUUGAUCGUUGUCCCUUUCUUCCUCUACCUCUUCUGGUUCCAGGUCCACUUUGCCAUUCUUACCAAGUCUGGCCCUGGAGAUGACUUCAUGAGCCCUGAGUUCCAGGCUUCGCUCAGUGACAACCCCAUGUUCGCUCAGUCCAAGGGAAUCGAGUUCCACGACGUGAUCACCAUCCGACACAAGGAUACCAAAGUCUAUCUACACAGCCACCUUGACCGUUACCCCCUCCGCUAUGACGACGGCCGUGUCUCGAGUCAGGGGCAGCAGGUCACCGGCUACCCACACAACGAUACCAACAACCAUUGGGAAAUCAUCCCCGAGUUCGCGUUCUCGGCUGAAAACCGUACUGGUCACAAGGUCCGGAAUGGAAAUCUCAUCCAGCUUCGACAUGUUGCUACUAACAGCUUCCUGCUCUCUCACGACGUUGCGUCUCCCAGCUACCCGACCAACCAGGAGUUUACAACCAUCUCCCCUGAAGAUGCUGCAGGCAAGCGACGCAACGAUACCCUGUUUGAGAUCCAGAUUCCAAAGGGCAAAUCGCAAGAAGAAUUCCGAACCAGGUCCAGCCUGUUCAGCCUGAUCCAUUUCCCUUCAAAGGUCGCGAUGUGGACUCACACGAAGCCUCUGCCAGACUGGGGCUACAAGCAAGCCGAGAUCAACGGAAACAAGAACAACAAGGAAGCAAGCAACCUCUGGUAUGCGGAGGACAUUCCAUCCCUGGCGCCAGACAGCCCACGAAUGAACCAGGAACCCCGCAAGGUCCAGCCGAUGCGCUUCCUGAAGAAGUACCUCGAGCUCCAGAUCGCCAUGUUCCACCAUAACAAUGCCUUGACGAGCAGCCACCCGUACGCGAGCGAGCCGUUCCAGUGGCCAUUCCUCCUCCGUGGUGUCAGCUUCUGGACGAAGAACGACACCCGAGAGCAGAUCUACUUCCUCGGAAACCCCGUCGGAUGGUGGCUCUCAAGCAGUCUUCUGGCCGUGUUCGUCGGCAUUAUCGGGGCCGACCAGCUUUCUCUUCGUCGUGGAAUCGAUGCUCUGGAAGAAAUCUGGGGUCCAGGAACCCGCAACCGCCUGUACAACAGCACCGGUUUCUUCUUCCUCUGCUGGGCAGCUCAUUAUUUCCCGUUCUACCUUAUGGGAAGACAACGGUUCCUCCACCACUAUCUCCCAGCCCACGUAGCGUCCGUCCUCGUAACGGGAGCCCUGGUCGAAUUCGUCUUCAACCUCGACCCAGCCGGCCUGAGCGAAAACUCCACGGGGAGGAAACCCGGCGGCAAGCCCCAGAAAUUAAAACAUACCCGACAGAGCCUCAUGGCUAUCUGGGCUGCCACCAUUGCCAUCCUCGGUGCCACGAUCUGGGGCUUCGGCUUCUUCGCCCCGCUAACCUACGGAACCCCGGGUUUGGACGUUGCUGGAAUCAACGCCCGAAAGUGGCUCUCUUACGACUUGCACUUUGCAAAGUAA